CGCGAAGAACAACAGAUGAAGCAGAAGGUAUGAAGAAGAAACAAAAGCAGCAGAAGCAAAGGAAGUGAAGAAAUGGUGUCUUUGGUGUCUCCAUUUCUGAGACAAAUGGAAUUUCUGGAACACACCAAGCAUGUGCAGCAUGUAAACACCAAAGGAAGAGAUGCACUGAUAAGUGCAUAUUAGCUCCAUUUUUUCCAGCUGAAAAAGUUCGAGAAUUCCAAGCAGUUCACAAGGUAUUUGGUGUUAGCAAUGUCCAAAAAAUGGUGAGGAAUUUGCAUAAUGACGAAGACCGUAAACGGGCAGCGGAUUCUCUUGUUUGGGAGGCCUUGUGUCGCCAAAAGGACCCAGUUUUUGGUCCAUAUGGUGAAUAUCGCAAAAUUUAUGAUGAACUCAAGUCAUAUCAAAAUCAAGCCCAUGCACAAGUCCAUCACCAAACAGGUCAUUUUGUGGCCCAAAAUGGGCACUCUAAUGGAUCAGUGUACAAAACAGGAAAUGGGCUGAUUGGGUGGAGUGUAAAUACUAAUGGGUCAGCUGUUAUUAACAAGGUGAAUUAUAAUGGGGGAAUCCAUGACAAUGUUGGAUUGGUAGAUUGUAUCCGAGCCCAAUGUGGACCGGUUAUUGGUUCAAGUAUAUAUGGUAAUUGUGGAUCUCAAGAUGACUUGCAUGGAGCUGAGAACGUGAGGCAAGACAUAGAUGUUAACGUUGGUUCAGUUGUUCCUCAACAACAUCUAUUGAAUGGGUUUAACCAUGGCCAGCAUUACUACCUUCCAGGUGAAUAACAACUACUGAGCUUAUAAUAUAAGCUUAGUAACACUAUGUUCAAUAGUUAUUACAAUUGAUGAGUAAGAUUGGCUUCUUAGAGUAGAUUAUAUCAAGGUUGACACGUUUUGAAAAUAAUACAAUAAAUAAUUGAUUAUCGUAAGCUAUUGGUCAAUUAUGAUAUAUAAUUUAUUUUCGUAAGAUUUUGGUCAAUCAUCGCGAGAUAUGGUCAAUUAUGAUGUAUAGUUUAUUUUUGUAAGAUUUUGGUUAAU